AUUAAGCAGGAAGUUAUGCAACGCGGAGCUACAUUGUGACCAAAUCUGCUUAAGUUAUAUACAGUCGACUGCAUUUAACUGGGGGGAGAUUUGAGACAUUAUUUACUCAUCGCAGAAGACAGGAAAUGAGGAUAUAAUGGACGAUUUUCUGCAGGCAUAAGCGUCUACACAGCCUGAAAAUAAAAGUGAUAAGGCUAUCCCAACCAAAACAAUGCGCCUGUCCCUUGUUUGCCUCUCCAAGCCUAUUCUUCAUGGAUACUUCAGAAGCUCCUGCUCCUGGAGAGUUCGCAUCGCUUUUGCUCUUAAAGGGAUUGAGUUUGACCAGGUUCCAGUCAAUCUAAUCAAAGAUGGAGGUCAGCAGUAUUCAGAGCAGUACAAAACACUAAACCCCAUGCAACAAGUGCCUGCAGUUGAAAUCGAUGGUGUCACCCUGUCUCAGUCGUUGGCAGUGAUCCAGUACAUUGAUGAAACCAGACCUGGACUUCGGCUUCUUCCUGCAGACCCACAGAAACGUGCUCAGGUUCGGAUGAUAAGUGAUAUCAUUGCUUCUGGGAUACAGCCUCUGCAGAACUUAUACGUGAUCCAGAAAAUAGGAACAGAGAAGGUACAGUGGGCGCAGCACUUCAUUAAUCGUGGUUUUCAAGCUCUUGAGCCCAUUCUGAAGCAAACGGCAGGGAAAUACUGUGUCGGUGAUGAGGUCUCCAUGGCCGACAUCUGUCUGGUUCCACAGGUCUACAAUGCAGAGAGGUUCAAAGUGGACAUGGACCAAUUUCCAACUAUUAAAAGGUUAAAUCAAACCCUACUUGAGAUCGAAGCCUUCAACACGACUCAUCCAUCCUGUCAACCAGAUACGCCUGCUGAUCUGCAGAAAUAGGACUUACCACCAUCCUGACUUUCAUGUUUCUUUCUACAUUUAUUAAUAAAGUGAUUCAGACAGUAAA